GCACUCGCCGCCGCUAUGGGCGAACCGCUCCGCCCCGGCCUCAGAACCGCCUGCCCGUCCCGCCGCAGGCCGGCCCCGCCAGGCCGGGACUCGUCCCCGACGGCUCGCAGCCGCCGGGCCGGGCCGGGCCGGGCCAGCGCCCCCGUCCCGCUCCCCGCCGGGGCGGGCCCGCAGCAGGACGGCCCCGGGCCGACUCCGCCCCGGCAGCGCGGGGCCGGAACGGCAGCGGAAGAUGGCGGCGGCGGGCGGGGGCGGCGCCGCGGUGUCGGUGUUGGCGCCCAGCGGGCGGCGGGUCACGGUGCGGGUGGGGCCCGGUACGGUCCUGCUCCAGGUCCUCGAGGAGGUCUGCAGGAAGCAGGGUGGCAGCCCUGGCGAGUACGGCCUGAAGUUCGGAUAGCAUUACAACUAGACGAUGGCUCUCGUUUGCAAGACACCUUCCUCUGCCAACAGACCUUGUGGGAACUUCUCAACCAUUUUGCAGAGAUCAGGGAGCUGAUGGAACAGCACGGUGAAUUGUCUCCGGUCUGUAUUUACAUGCGAGAUGAGAUAUCAGGAAAAGAUGCCCUGGAGAAGACAACACUGAAAUCGCUUGGCCUGAUUGGAGGCACUGCCAUCAUCAGAGUUGUCAUGAAGAAAUGCAGUUCAUCUGGUGGGGCAGAAGUUGUGGGUGCCACGGUGCCUUGUAAUGAGCCAACAGUGAGGCGAGGCUCUAUGGAAGAAGCAGCGGAUGUGCCUCUACCUCAAGCAAACACAUUUCCAAAGGACUUGGAGCACAGGGAUGUGGCUAUAUCUUUAAACAGCAGCACACACAAGCAAGACUUGAUUAAAGAUUCUCAUGCUAGCUUGGAGGAGCUACGGCAUUCUCCAGAGCCUGAACCUACCCCAUUUGUCCCUUUUUUUGGAGAUGGAGAGCAUCUGGGGAACCCUCCUGUAGCUGUACCAUCUUCAAAGUUGCCAACAACUUUUUCCAGCCCUGGAGGCCCUUCUAAGCCAAAGAAGUCUAAGAACAGCCAAGAACUGCAAAAGGAGCAAGAACAGCUUGUAGAACGUGAGCCACUUAUAUGUCACCUAGACCUACUGGAACAAUUUUCUGAUGGCCCAGAAGAGCUUCCUGAUGAAUUUUUUGAAGUCACAGUGGAUGAUGUACGGAAACGUUUGGCACAGCUGCAGAAUGAGAGAAAACGUCUGGAAGAAGCUCCAUUGAUGACAAAGUCUUUGAAGGAGUCUCAGCUGAAGGAGAAGUUGGAACGUUACCCAAAGGUGGUGUUGAGAGUUCGUUUUCCAGACCGCCAUGUUCUACAAGGGUUCUUCCAUCCCACUGAAACUGUUGGCAUUUUGAGAAACUUUGUAAGAAGCCACCUUGCCGAUGCAGAGCUGCCAUUUUACUUGUUUGUUGCACCUCCCAGAAUCGUCUUGAACGAUGAAAGUCUGACGCUGUUUGAGGCUAAACUUUUUCCAGCUGCUGUCAUUCAUUUUGGAUCAGAGGAGUGCAGGGCUUGUUACCUGAAAUCAGACCUGCUGGGCUCUGCAGUUUCUCCUUCUGCAGCUGAUUUAUUAGUAGCCAGAUCACUAGUUCCUUCUGCUUCAUCAACUUUAGCAUCAGUGGCUCCAUCCCUGUCUGCACCAGAAGUGGGAAGUGAAAAAAAGACCACUGAGCAGCCAGAAGCAGCCAGCGCUCAGGCAGCUCCGCAAGUGUUUAGAAAGGCCCCUGGGAAAAUACCCAAAUGGCUGAAGCUUCCAGGUGGAAAGAGAUGAAGCAUCCUGGGCUGCUGGAUCACUGAGCUGUCAGCUGUGCCCUUUUCUCUACAAACUUAAUAAGAAUGUGCAAAAUGUAUUGGUGGCCCUGGAGAGAUCUAACCUGUAUGAACAUUAGUUAUAAAAAGAGAGUGGCUAUUUGAGAUACCAAUUGCACCUGGUGGUACCUGUUUGUGGUCUGUGUAACUAGAGAAGCAAGGUUACAGGUUAAAUUUAAGGUUUCUUGCAUGCAAAUAUAAGAGUAGAGAAUUAAGGGGGGCAUGAUACCUAUAUACUUUCUGCAAAGGACCUUGUUUCUAUCCAUAUUUUUAAAUUCAAAUCCUCUCACUUCUACCUUCAGAAAUCACUUGUGUCUAGCUGCCUGUUUAUCUGUUCAGCUGCUUGGUUGUCUAGCAGCAAGAUACAAUCUGGUUCAGCUUUACCUAUAAUUGUUAAGUGGUGCCUAGAACAAGACUUCUCUCUGCCUCUUAGUGAUUAGGGUUAGUACUGCUGAUAAUUCUGGACACAGAUGGCUGGAGAAUGAAGAGGAAGCAUUUAAGUUACUUAAACCAGUUCAGAUCAGUGAACUUACCUGUGAAGCACUUGGGCUCCUGCACUCAGGUUGUGUUUGGUUGCCUGAAAUUUGAUAGCAAGCAGCACAGAUGUCUCUUCGUGGAAUGCCUGUUGAGCUUGUUUCUGCCUUGAGCUCUAGUUUUAUUUUCACUGUGUAUAAUUACCAUCAGUAAUUAGUUACAGCAAGGGAAAAACCAUCCAGUUACAAGAGUCUCUUCAAAUGACAGUUGAUUGGUGGCCUGAGUAUUCCCAGAGCAGGGUAGCUGUGCUCUGCACUGCAGUAAAUGUACAGGGAAAAGGCCCAGAUCUUUUUCUCCUGCAGACGUUGUAGGGGGGGAUGAAUAUUGGUUAGAAUUGCCCUUACACUGGAGAUGAACUCUGUAGUGCCAUGACAGUCAUGGUGCUGGGCCUUUUUUGAAGUCUUCUCCAUGGAUCAGUGAUCUGUGGAGAGCUGGGGUUCCAUGGUACAGUAAUACCAUGUUUUCCAUUUUUCGUAUUUCCUCCCUGCACUACAUGUGCAUCUGCACAAUUUGUAGUUGUAAUAAAGCAGAGUGGUCAUGGGGGCCCUUUUGGUCGGUCCCUUUGAUAGCUUCUUGCCCUGGCACUUGGUGUGUCUGUCAGUUCACAGGAACCUGCUCUCUUUUCAAUAGGCCUGUCAUGCCUCAUUCCCUUCCCCCCAGUUUUUUCAACAAAGCAAAACGGAACUUUGUACCAUCUGAAUGAACUUCAAAGUGGCUAGAAAGGGCACCCUGGGUUCCUGGCACUUGUCAUUGUCUCCCUGCCUGGCCAACAUUUCCCUUCAGGUCUAAUUACUUCCAAAUGCUCACAGAAUGCUUUGAAGAAACUUGGAGGGAGGGGGAGGCAUGAAAGAAAGGUAGAAGAGGGAGACUCAAAGCAGAAGGAGCACAGAAUGCUUUACCAGGAAGGUUGAUUGAUGUCUUAUAUGACACC